ACUGCUAGAAUGAUAAAACUAGUUCCAUUCCUUCUACAUAGCAGAUUUUGUGAAUCUCCAUAUUCUUGAUAUGCAUUUGGCUAUUGAAUUAAAACUCAGAAGGCUUGACCUUGACCCAUCCUCUUUGUAGGAUUCAAUUGCACAAGGUCCUCUCCCAUGGUUAUGAUGACAAUUCUUGGCCUCUACAGACCAAACAUUUGAAGUUUGCUGGAGAGGUGAAGGUGAUCAUGCACUUUCAAACCACAUUGCAAAGCUCUGCAGCAACCUCUCCAUCUGCCCCACCAUACUCACCAGGAACACCAGGAACACCACCACCGGCAUAUGGCCCAACCUAUGCUCCAUAUGCACCGGGAGCUUAUCCUGCAGUCAGCAUGUAUCCAUCGUAUCCUUUUCCAACUUCCAGCUAUCCGCCUCCUUUGCAAGUCUAUGCAACACAAGCUUAUCCUCUUCCUUAUCAGACGCAGCCCAACUUGCUGCAGUACCCUCCUCCAGCAGCACAGCCUUAUUACCCACCAGGGUCUUACCCUGGUGCUUACUAUCCACCUUAUUGAGCGAUUGAUGCUAUAAUGUCGAAACUCAAUUCUGUCUUCCAAGGUUGGUAUCCAUGUCUUUGUGUGCUCCUCUUUGUCUGGAAGCUAGUAAGCAUAUUUGCUAACUAUAUCGUUCUGUUCAUGAAGAAAUAUUCCCGUUUGCCCUUGUUCAAGUAUUGUAUCUAUCAUUCUUUUGUAAUUUACAUCGAAGCAAAACAAUGUCUAGUAGAAGAAAUCCUUUAUAAAGUUGUGUAAUUUGUCUAUAAUCUUGUUUUUUACACUCUCAACUUGAGACUAAGGCUACUUUUGGUAUG